AUGUCUGUCUACACUGACGGUGUGUUUCAGGCGGAGUGUGGAUGUCACUUUACGCUCAAAUUAGAGAAUAUGUUCCGUGAUAAGGAAUUGUGGACCACGCAGUUGAACGCUUUCAAGGAGUUCCGAGAAUCGUAUAUACGAGGUGCUGGAUUAAUGGAUAUUUCUGUACGUGUAUUGACGGCAGGCAUAUGGCCCACGCAAAGUGUUCCAGUCUGUAUUCUUCCACCAGCGUGUGAAAUUGCUUUUAAUAUGUUCAGCAACUUUUACGUGAGUAAGCACAAUGGACGAAAACUUACUCUGAACACUAUGUUGGGUACGGCCGAUGUAAAAGCUGUGUUUUAUGGGACUGCUUCACAGAAAAAGCCAGGAACUUCCGAGUCCACAGAAACGCGUAAAGAAGAAAACAAAAUUCUAAUGGUUAAUACUCAUCAAAUGGUCAUACUCAUGUGUUUCAAUAGUCAACCACGCCUCACAUUUCAAGCACUCUUGAGCAAUACGAAUAUAAAUGAAAGAGAACUUAAACGCAAUCUGCAAUCGCUUGCAAUGGGUAAACCGGCCCAACGAGUUUUGUGCCGAAAAGGAAAAGGAAAAGAUAUUGAUGCUACGGAUGAAUUCUUUGUCAAUGACAACUUUCAAUCAAAAUUAACUCGAAUCAAAGUUCAGCUGGUGACGUUCAAGGGAGAAUGCGAGCCGGAAAAGAAAGAAACAAGAAGCAAGGUAGAAGACGACAGGAAACACGAAAUUGAAGCUGCGAUUGUUCGUGUCAUGAAGUCAAGAAAAGUAUUGCAUCACAAUAAUCUAAUUACAGAGCCUGCUCGUAUGGUGACACUUGUGCAAAAGAGCAAUAAGGAAGAGAAGGCUGGAGGGUGA